UACAUAGGUUUAAAACCCUAAAUAUUUUUUCUCUUAUCUCUUAUACUCACUCUAGAGAGAACAACCACAUCCCCUAUUCCCAACUCCCCUUCUCUCUCUAAAAGAUCUCAAUAGCGGCUCCCCGUCCUCUCCACAGCCAACCCCAUACCUCUCUCAACUGUCUCAUUCCCUUUUGCCGCCACCGGCCUUGACCCAGGCAGGCUUGACAGCGACUUCCAUGGCUUCCACCGCUUCUCACACCACUCCCUCCAUUGUCACCGGCGAAGCCAAACGAGCUCCCAUGUUCCCCCCUUCUUUUGGUUCUUGUAACCCUUUGCCUUUUAUUCUCAUUUUAGGCCUGCUAUUGGUGAAUCCGGACCUGGAAAUGUUUGGACGGAGAAAUGGGAUUCCGACGACGCUGGCCAUUCUCUUCCUUUGUGCCGCUGCUCAAGCUAAAACCAUGGUGGCAGCAUCCAUUAAAAGGAAUCCUCAAAUCUGGGUUUGUCCUCGUACAUGGCCGAUAUUGGUUGGAGUUAUACAAUACAAUAAUACCACAAGAAUAGGCUGCUGAAAAUAAUUUCUACGUUAUUGAGGCUACGACCCGCCAAUUGACCCUCCAGACUGGGUCCGAAAUAAAGAGGCGAUGAUGAUAACAUAGGAAAGAAAGAGACAAAAAUGCGACGAACCAAUAACAUUUGGACGGCAACAAGAUUGUCCACCUUAGUCGCAACUAAGACGGUUCUUAGUCUUAUGUCUAAACGGAAAUAAAAAAUACUAUCUGAGCCUCCUAUAAUAUUUCUUGACUAUUUUCCAAAACCUUUUUCAAAAAUAAUUUUUUAAAACAUUUUCGAACAAAACAAUCGUUUAAAAAUAUGUCACUUGAAUAGUUUAUUUUUACAUAAUUUUAUUUCACUAACGUUUGUUGUCUUAUUCUGC